AUGGUUGAGUCGGAGGAUCUGAACUUCAAGGCCAGACUCACUUGGGCAGAGCUCAACAGUGCCACGGUGGAUCGAGGGCACAAUUUUCUUCGGACUGCAGAACGAGCUGCAGCAGUGGUGCCAGGAAUCCUGGGCACCGACUCCAAGGGAGGUUACGACGCAGUGAUGCGUCACGAAGGACCUGACCUUGGGUUAUCCAAUGCUCGUGCGGCCAUUCAAGGUCAUCAGCUCAAGGAGGGCAUGAACCGAGUUCAUACCAAGCUGAUUUGGUUGGCCAGUGACUUCAACCUGUCGGAUGCUUUGACCAAACGUUCGCCAGAGUGUCGAAAGAGCUUUGUACAGUUUCUACGCACUGGCAUUUGGAUGUUGAGGUUCAACCCUCAGUUUGUUGUUUCUGCCAAGCGAGCUAAGCAACAGGGCCUAGAUGCUGUCAGCCAGCUGAAACAGUACACAUCCAAGGCAUCAAGAUCCAAGAAAGUUUUUGGACUGGUGCAACAGUCGUAG